AUGUCUUCCGAGCCCAUCACUUUCUACGACCUCACGCUCAGGAACGGUAUCAUCGGCAGCCCAAACGCUUGGAAAACUCGUUACACUCUGAACUACAAGGGUCUUCCCUACAAGUCGACGUUCCUUAACUUCAUCGACAUAAAGCCCACACUCAAGGCUCUCGACGUCCCUCCUCUUGAAGGCGACUUCUAUACUGUGCCCUCGAUCAUUGACCCAAAGACCGGCCGGCGCAUCUCAGAUUCACUCCGCAUCGCGGAGUACCUUGAUACCCAAUAUCCGGAUACGCCUCAACUCCUUCCUCCUGGUACCCGCGAAGCCCAAGAGGCGUUUGAAAAGAACGUCCGCCAGCCUUUCGCAUUCACGGUCUUCCCUCUCAUUCUACUCGACUUCUUCAACACCAUCAUCGACGAGAAGGACCAGGCAUACUUCAAGACCUCCCGCGAAGCGCAAUUUGGCGCUCCCUUCGAAGCCGUCGUGCCCACGGGUGACGCCCGUGCCGCGCAACUCGAGGUCGUGCGUGCAGGUGUGGAGAACGUGCACAGGGAGAUCGAGAAACAUGCUGGCGAGGGGAAAAUCUUCUUUGGGGGCGAUAGACCGGUCUUUGCGGACUUUCAGCUCGCGGCAACGUUCAAGAGCUUCUUGAUGGGCUUUGGGAAGGAGUAUGAGGUUAACAAGCUCAUCUUGAGCAAUGAGUGGGCGGCGAAGUUCAUAGGGGCAUUUGAGCAAUGGGCCUCUACUGAGCAGUAA